GUCGGCGCGCUCUGAUUGGUUCUCCGCCGUUCUGUGCAGCAGGAGGAAGCGCCGUUUCCGGUAAUGAGCGAGUGACUGGCUGCUGACACCGCCAAACCCCGACGACAAACCCGCUGCUUUCGGCAUCUACCGGGGGAAAUUGUCCGCUCUUAUCCGAGCGGGACGUCAGACGGGUUCCAGCCAAGCGUUCGGCUGGAGAGAGGCGUGAAGCUGCAGCGAAGGCGCGGGGUUUGAGCCUCCCACCACCGGCAUGGCCCGCGACUACGAUCACCUCUUCAAACUGCUGAUCAUCGGUGACAGCGGUGUUGGAAAGAGCAGUCUUCUCCUGCGCUUCGCAGACAACACUUUUUCAGGUAGUUACAUCACCACUAUAGGAGUCGACUUCAAGAUCCGGACGGUGGAGAUUAAUGGAGAGAAGGUGAAAUUGCAGAUAUGGGACACGGCUGGACAAGAGCGAUUCCGAACCAUCACAUCUACGUAUUACAGAGGAACCCAUGGGGUCAUAGUAGUGUAUGAUGUCACCAGUGCCGAGUCCUUUGUCAAUGUCAAACGAUGGCUGCAUGAAAUAAACCAGAACUGCGAUGACGUCUGUCGAAUAUUAGUGGGCAAUAAAAAUGAUGAUCCAAACUCUAAGGUUGUGGAGACGAAUGAUGCACAGAAGUUUGCUGAGCAGAUGGGCAUCAGUCUGUUUGAGACGAGUGCAAAAGAGAACAUUAAUGUGGAGGAGAUGUUUAACUGCAUCACAGAGCUGGUGCUCCGGGCAAAGAAAGAGUCUGUGGCCAAACAGCAGCAACAGCAGCAGAACGAUGUGAUUAAACUCAGCAAGAAUAGCAAACGAAAGAAAAAAUGCUGCUAGUGGACGAACAGACGUUCCUCUGCACGGUGGCCUGCACACGCAGACGGACUGUGAUCGCCUCAGUUAAGAUUUCACAAAAACACAGUGCGGACAAAUGCAGUCCUUUCUGGACCGAGACAAACCACAAAGACUUUUUAAAAGAAAAUGUACAGAUUUUAUGAGAGUCGAGGAGUUUUAUGUGGAAUUCGUGAUAUUUAAUAAAAGAUCCUCCUUCUUUAUUGAAGGACCAGCAAGCUGACGUAAUCGCCAAACCGUGCAAGUUUCUGUAUGCUUUCAGAAUUACUCUUCAGUGAUUAUAUGUCUCUAUUAUCCACCAUCUCAGGAGUGAUUUUUAUUUUCUUCUUUAUUUUGCUUCUCUUUCUCGCUUUUUUUGUGGAAUGCCAGUGUUUUUUUUCUGCUAGAACAAUUUGGGCCUUUCCCAAAAAAAAAUCU